CAUCACCGGUCACGUGAUAGCUACAGAGUGCUACGUGUACGUGUCGUGUCAGUCGGACAAGCCAAAUAUUCGAAAGUACCGUAAAGUGUGGAUGUGUGCGGGCCAUUCCACGACCCACCAUCAAAGAGACAAGUGUUUCCCCACAUAUUUUGGACCGCAUCCAAGGAACCGUAUAGCGGGCAUCUGUGAUCCAGUCAAUAGGAAGUCUUCAGAAAACCCACCACGAUGGGCAUCAAAUUCCUGGAGGUGAUAAAGCCCUUCUGCAGUAUACUGCCAGAAAUCGCUAAACCCGAAAGAAAGAUCCAAUUCAGGGAAAAGGUAUUAUGGACUGCAAUCACUCUGUUCAUCUUCUUGGUUUGUUGUCAAAUCCCACUGUUUGGUAUCAUGAGCUCAGACUCUGCAGAUCCUUUCUACUGGAUCCGUGUUAUUCUGGCCUCAAACAGGGGUACACUCAUGGAACUGGGUAUCUCUCCAAUCGUAACAUCUGGUCUUAUCAUGCAACUGUUGGCUGGCGCUAAGAUUAUCGAAGUCGGUGAUACGCCAAAGGACAGGGCUUUAUUCAACGGAGCUCAAAAAUUAUUCGGAAUGGUGAUCACUGUCGGCCAAGCCAUUGUCUACGUAAUGACUGGAAUGUACGGAGACCCAGCCGAGAUCGGCGCUGGCGUCUGCUUGUUGAUCAUCAUCCAGCUGUUCGUCGCUGGUUUGAUCGUGCUGCUUCUCGAUGAGUUGCUGCAAAAGGGCUACGGUUUGGGAUCUGGUAUUUCCUUGUUCAUUGCCACCAACAUCUGCGAAACCAUCAUCUGGAAGGCGUUCUCUCCUGCCACUGUUAAUACUGGCAGAGGAACCGAAUUCGAAGGCGCCGUGAUCGCCUUGUUCCACCUUCUGACUACCCGCCAAGACAAAGUGCGCGCUCUCAGGGAAGCCUUCUACAGGCAAAACUUGCCCAACUUGAUGAACCUCCUCGCCACCAUCCUCGUCUUUGCUAUAGUGAUAUACUUCCAAGGCUUCCGUGUUGACCUACCAAUCAAGAGCGCCAGGUACCGUGGCCAAUACUCCAGCUACCCAAUCAAACUUUUCUACACCUCAAACAUCCCGAUCAUCCUGCAAUCCGCCUUGGUUUCCAAUCUGUACGUGAUCUCGCAAAUGCUGGCCGUUAAGUUCCAAGGGAACUUCAUCAUCAACCUUCUCGGUGUUUGGGCCGAUGUCGGCGGCGGCGGUCCAGCUAGGUCUUACCCUAUCGGCGGUCUCUGCUACUAUCUGAGUCCACCGGAAAGCGUCGGACACAUCCUCGAGGAUCCCGUCCACGCUGUCCUCUACAUCACCUUCAUGUUGGGCUCCUGCGCUUUCUUCUCCAAGACCUGGAUUGAGGUCUCUGGAUCUUCAUCGAAGGACGUAGCUAAGCAACUCAAGGAACAGCAGAUGGUGAUGCGCGGACACAGGGACAACUCCAUGAUCCGCGAAUUAGACAGAUACAUCCCAACUGCCGCUGCCUUUGGCGGUCUCUGUAUCGGAGCACUCUCCGUACUCGCCGACUUCAUGGGAGCCAUCGGUUCCGGAACUGGUAUCCUCCUCGCCGUCACAAUCAUCUAUCAAUACUUCGAGAUCUUCGUCAAGGAGCAAAGUGAAAUGGGCAGUAUGGGAGCAUUACUAUUUUAAGUUUUUUUUUGUUAAUUAUUUAUCUAUUUUUUUAACGUAAUGAAAUCGAAAUAUUAUGAGAGCUUAUCUUAAGCUUGACUGAUAUUGUGAUUAGAAAUAUUGAUUACUUUCGAAGACGCGAUUGAUUUCAAUCCCUACUCCCAUCCCAUAAACAAUCAUUCAUUUUUUUUUUCUUUUUCCUCUUUUCUUUAACUACUAAGGAUACAAAAGUGAUCAAUAUUUUUACUUAGUUAAAAUUUUUCAAAGACGGACUACUCGUAAAGGAUGGUCGUACACGAAGUUUUGUACUAAAAUAAUAAAAGAAAACUUUAUAAAAAAAAAUAA